AUUAAACACCCCGAAUUAAUAAAACCAAUCAAGUUGCUCCUAAAUGACAAAAUUGCUCUUAUAAGUUAAUUGUUAAAUUAAAAAAAGUGGGGUUCUUCUUCUUCACCCCGAUCCUCCCAAACUAUCUCUCUGCAAUAUGGGUUGAUAUACUUUAAUUAGGCACCAGAUCUUAUUCUUGCUCACGAAUGCUUUCAUACCCAGCAUGGGUUCUUCUCUUGAACACUUCAAAACCAUGCUAAUCACUUGAAUAAUCAGAUUUCAGCUUCCGAGCCUCGAGUUUUCUGAUCUGGGUACGUCAAAUUCCUCUGUUUUUUCUUUCAUUUUCUUGUACUUUCUUUUCUAAUGUGAAGCAUUUUCCUAAAAAAUUGAGGUAUUUUAUUAUUUGGGUUUUCUUGUUCUUGCUUUGUUGUUGUUUGGUUGACGAUUGAUUUGAUGGAAGAAGAUCAAGGAUCAAAGUUUGUUUGCAAAGUUUGUAACAAGAGGUUCUUCAGUGGAAAGUCUUUGGGAGGUCACAUGAGGGGUCAUGUAGCUAUGAUUUCAACUAAAAAAAUGUGAAACUCGCAGAGAAAUCAAUAUGGGUAGUGAAGGUUUUGGUCACACUGGUUAUGGCUUAAGAGAAAACCCCAAGAAGGUUUGAAAGGUUUCAUAUUCAAACACUAGUGAUUUCAAGCAAGAAAACUAAUUGUUGAUGGUGUUGGGUCUGGUUCGGGUGUUGGGUGGUGGGAGUUGAGUUGGAUUUAAUACAAAAUGGGAAAGCAAAUUGGAGUGGGAAGUGACCAUUUGAACAGAAAUUGCAGCAAUUUAACAAGGAAAAAAAAUGCGUGAUGGGUCUGGUUUUAGAGUAAGAGGGGCGAAGAGGAAGAAAGGUAGAAAUUGCAGCAACUUUACAGCUUUAGAUUACACACGCCACCUUCAUUAACUUCCCGCAUCAAGUUUUCUCUGCUAUCAACCUUUUCGUCCGCCGGAGAGACACUCCCGGCAAACACCACCGGCGACAUCACCAUCUUUGCCUCGCUGCCUCUCUCUCCCCUCUAGAGUGUAUAUAUAUAUAUAUGUAAGUAGUGUAAAAUCAAAGAGAGAAGGAAUAUCUAGAGUGUAUAUAUAUUAUUGUAAUUUUACAAUUAAUUUAUAAGGGCAAUUUUGUCAUUUGGGAGUAACUUGAUGGUUGUUGUUAGUUCAGGUGUUUAAUUUUAAUGCAGCGGGGUUAUGUUAUUUUUCUCAUAUAUAUAUAUAAAUUGUAAUCCACACAAUCUAGAUUAAAAUGAAGUGGAUGCAAAAUUAUUAGACACUUAUCAUUAAUGCACAUUUUAUUAUGAUGGAAUUGUUAGGUAUCGUAUAGUACCGCAGUCCAACGGGCGAUAUGGGGACCGACUACUAAAGAAUGGGCUAAGUUUUUUGUGGCACCGCAAGAUCGUUGUGACCUAUACUCUCGGUGCGGAGUGUCAGCCAUAUGCAACUCUUACAAUGCCAUGGAGUGCACCUGUUUGCCUGGGUUCGAACCCUAAUGAUUGGUUCAUAAGGUGUGUGGAGAAGGAGAAGAGGUAGGCGUGGGAAGGGUGGUGGUGAAAGAUUUAUAAAACUAGGAAAUGUGAAAAUUCUAGAGGCUAGAAUAUCAUAAUUGUAUAAGAACGUGAGCUUACAAGAAUGUGAAAAGGAGUGCUUGAACAAGUUUAACUACACGGGGAAUGCUAGUGCCGAUAUCAAUGUUGGGGAACGCGGUUGCUAUGCAUGUUUUGGUGAGCUAAAUGAUAUUCGACAGUACAAUCAAAAUGAAACGAACAAGAUUUUUACCUCCACUUGAGCUUGUAAGCAGCAGAAGACGGGAAGAGGAAGACGCCCCAGAAAACUAGAGCAUAGGACUAUGGAGGUAUGGCAUUUAUCAUUGAGCUCGGAAGGCUCCAAUCACAAGCCACACGACCUCGAAGUUGUACAAUCAAUGUGGUGAACAGUAGAGAGCUUGCACCGAACACAGUCUUCAAUCUGCUUGCAAAGCUCCUCCACUGUCAAGCGCUUCCAAUUAAAUGUCCUAUUGUUCCUUUCUCUCCAAAGAUACAUAACCUCAAGCAGAAGCAAAAAUAUCGAGAAAUAUUACUUUUGGACUCCACAACUAAUUUGACAAUCAAUAAUUCCCCAAGUCCAAAUAACCAUGAACGGGGUGGGAUGGUAGAAUUGAAAUUCUAUGAUCUACAAACUAUAGCAGCAGCAACGGAUAAUUUGUCUCGCUAGAAAACUUGGAGAAGGAGGUUUUGGGCCGGUUUAUAAGGUAAUCAAUCUUUCACCAAGUACUAAUUAAGAUUUAUGUGGUUCUUUGAUCAGCAAAUAUCAGGUGAAGUAAUAAUAAAGCAAAAAUCAAAACCAAAAGCCAAAUGAGUUUGGGUAAAUUGAGUUCGAUUUAUAAUUUUCAUAUUCAUAUCCCCUGUAAAUUUAGGUUCCUUCCCAGACUUAGAAAUGUUUGUUUUGGAGCAGAGCUUUCCACUUAGCUUAAAUUACAAAAUGUUAUCUUUGUACUUCUAAAGUAAAAUCAAUUAUAUAGCCCAAAAUAUCUCUUUCCCCUCUUUUUCAACCUGCACCUUCAACCUCAAUUUUGGUUCCUUCAAUCCCCCGUUUUGCGCGGAUCCCUUUCGACUAAAAUUUUCGAAAGUAAUGAUACAAAAAUAUUGAUGCAUGUUUGUUGCAAUUUCAAUGAAAAGAGUCUAUACAGAUUUAAUAAAAUUUCAAUCUACAUUUAUAUCAUUUUCAUUUGAAAAGUAAUGUGGAUCAUGGUUCGUGGAAUCUACCAUAAUCCUUUUCGUACCGGUACUUCUCAAUAACCCGAAUUCAUUACACCUUUGUGAUGGCAAACGUACUUUGGUGUGAACUUGGAGUUUGCGGGUCAAAUUUAUCUAGAAUCGUGAGACUAAGAACUAAAGAUACGGGUCAAAUUUGUUAUUAGUAUAAAAUUAUAAAUCACGUGACAUGAAAAUGGCCCUACUCAUCCCAUCUGUGUAUAAGAAACGAUGAGGAUCAGUAAACAUUUAACAAACCUCUUGAUUCCUCACCCUCUCUUUCUCCAUGGACUCCGACAACAAUGAAGUAGCCUACGAGGUCCUCCCGCUUCUCCGGGUAUACAAAGAUGGCCGUGUUGAAAGACUUAUGGGCACUACAUAUUCUCCGGCAUCCACCGAUCCUAUAACCGGCGUUUCCUCAAAAGACCUAACAAUCGUCCAGGAGACCGGUGUCUCUGUUCGCCUCUACCUCCCAAACCUCACUACCACCACCACCACCAACCAAAAGCUCCCUGUCCUAAUAUACUUCCACGGCGGCGGUUUCUGCUUGUCAAAACCCUCCACUACGCACUACCACAUCUACCUCAACAAGCUCGUGGCCGAAGCUCAGGUGGUGGCAGUUUCAGUGGACUACAGAAGGCCACCUGAAGACCCUCUUCCCACUGCAUAUGAGGACUCAUGGGCUGCACUACAGUGGGUGGUUUCCCACCGGGAUGGUGACGGACCGGAGGAUUGGUUGAACCUCCAUGCAGACUUGGGAAGACUUUUCUUAGCCGGUGUGAGUGCCGGUGCGAACAUAGCUCAUAAUGUGGCAAUGAUGGCUGGAGGUGUCGGGUCCGGGUCCGGGUCGAAAGCCGGAAUUCUUGGUGUGGCCUUGGUUCAUCCUCACUUCUGGGGGUCGACUCCUAUCGGGUCGGAGGCAUUGCAUCCGGCUAAAGAUGCAACGUCUCGGUUGUGGCCAUUCGUGUGCCCAUCAUCACCAGAUAACGAUGACCCGCGGAAUAACCCGGUGGCGGAAGGUGCCCCGAGCUUGAUGGGGUUGGGGUGUAGGAGGGUGCUGGUGUGUGUGGCUGAGAAGGAUUUGUUGAGGGAUAGAGGAUGGGUGUAUUAUGAGGCGUUGGGUCGGAGCGGGUGGAUGGGUGUGGUUGAGAUCCAAGAGACAGAAGGAGAGGACCAUGCAUUUCAUCUGCAAAAUUUGGAGUGCGAGAAAACAGCAGAGUUAAUCAGACGGUUAGCAGCAUUCUUCAACACCGACAUGCCUCAUUUGCUUUGAUAUCCGUGUGUGUGUGUGUGUGUCAACUGGCAGUCUAGCGAUGCCUGAGACAUUAUGUCACAUGACAUGUUUGAUUCAAUAAAUUUGGGCUUAUUCAGUUGCAAAAAUGGGUCCAAAUAGUAUAGAUUUGAAUAUAAAUCAGAAGUUAUCUCCUCAAUUAUGUACUCUUAUACUAUGGUACUUGUAAUAUAGUCAUUUUGGGCAAGUAACAUAGUCAUUUUGGGCAAGUAACAUAGUCAUUUUGGGCUAAACAGAG